GUUGGCUUUGACCGUGGUUGGAAGCGGAUAAUGCUUGUAGCUAGCCAUAUUGGUAGCCAGCUAGUGAUUCGGGGGACACCCCAUGCGAUUGAUUUAGAAGUAUUUGGUUAGAAUUUUUUUAUUAGCAGGUGAUUUGUUUCAGUAUCAGUUUUUUCAAAAUGGAAGACACUGGACUCGUCAUGGCCCUAAAUCAGGUUUUUGCAGGGUCUCGCCAUGUCAUCUGCUGUGCACUAUGAAGAUGAUCUACUGAUGAAAGAAUACUUCAAUAUGAUGACUGAUAUGAUAGUGUUGUGUGGCACACUUGCCCUCUCUCUUUCCUUCUGGAUCAUAUCCAUCGUUGGGAGCACGUAUUAUGGCACGUUGCAGCCGGUGUCUCCAUGGCGAUGGUUGUUCUCCAUCCUGAUUCCCUUGGGGAUAUCCACCAGAGCUCUGAAGAGGAAGAGCCUGGACCACAGUGGAUGGCUUGGAGCCCUGCUGGUUGGCUUUAUUCUGACCAUGGCCAACUUCAGCUUCUUCUGCACUCUGCUGUGCUUUUUCAUCACCUGCUCCAAGCUGACCCGUUGGAAGGGAGAGGUCAAGAAGAAGAUCGAUGCCGACUACAAAGAAGGUGGCCAGAGGAACUGGAUACAGGUGUUCUGUAAUGGGGGGGUGCCCACAGAGCUGGCCCUGCUCUACAUGAUAGAGGUGGGGCCGGGGGAGAUCCCUGUGGACUUUGGGAAGCAGUACACUGCUUCGUGGAUGUGCCUGUCUCUUCUGGGGGCCCUGGCCUGCAGCACCGGGGACACAUGGGCCUCAGAGGUGGGCCCCGUCCUCAGCCAAUCACAGCCCAGGCUUAUCACUACCUGGAAGGAAGUCCCGGCAGGGACGAAUGGGGGCGUUACCACCGUGGGUUUAGUGGCCAGCUUCCUGGGUGGGCUGGCAGUGGGAGUCGCUUAUUUUAUAUCUCAGCUUCUAUUCGUCAAAGACCUGCACCUGGCAGAUCCUCAGUGGCCACUCAUUGUGUAUGGGGGUGUGGCCGGGUUGAUAGGCUCCCUUCUGGACUCUUUCUUGGGGGCCCACAUGCAGUAUUCAGGUAUUGAUGCAACUACAGGGAAGGUGGUGAAUCAUGAGUCUGUCACAACUAAAAGGAUUUGUGGGAAGCCUAUCUUGGACAACAACGGGGUCAACCUGUUCUCCUCCAUCCUCAUUGCCCUCAUCCUACCCAGCCUGGCAUGGCCUCUCUGGCCACGGUAGGGACCUGGCUGGGAGCCUAGCCCAGGACCUGGUUCCACACUAGCGUAGCUGUCUUCAGGACUUUCAGUUUUAUACAAGGGUGUAGGGGGGAAAAGGGUCUUCAUUGUUUUGAGCCUUUUGUGAGUAUCUUAGGUUUGAUCAGUGAUUCUGAAACAAAUACAAAGAAAAGUGAGAGUUAAUUUAGCUACACCAACUCCCCAGUUUAAAAUCUCAGUGAAUUUAACUUAAAGUGAGUUGAUGUUUUCUAACUAAAGUAACAUAUUUACUUUGAGGAGGGGAUCCAAGAGGCCAUGAUCUUUAAUGCACGUUUUGUACACUUGGAAGACAAUCAGGUGCGCAGACUUUUUUUUACAAAAAAUUGCAAUGUCAAAAAACAUGGGAGAGCAUGAUGCAUCAUGCCUUGCUAACAUGACCUUUAGUAUGACACCUAUGUUUUUUUGACACCUUAAUUAUUAUCCAUGAUUAUGUUUUACAUGAUGUACAUCCUUAAAUGUGCUGUUGUUCACCUUCCAUGACAGAAACACAGGUGCAAAAGGCAUCAUGCUUUGUUGCUAGGUUAGUCAUCUUUAGAAUGGCUUAAAACCUGUAUACCUGAGAGGCUCUACUCACCCAUUGUUAACUUGUGAUUGUGACGUCAUGGAGAAAGACAUGGCAAGUGAUUGUUGUGAUGUGACACUGGUAGAACCACGUGAUCAAAUAGACGUAUUUGUAAUUGAAACUAAGAACUUGAAAGCAUUCAGGGUUUGUAUGAAGCACAACUGGAAUAAAAUGCUUCCUAGAUUUUGA